GGAGCAGUAGCAGAGGGUCUGCCUGUGAGCCGCGCUGCGGGUGAAUAGCGCGGAGAGCGCUGAGUCUAGAGUGUCUUGUACUUCGAGGGUCUCUGGGCUGACGGAAGACGCGGGACCUCGUCGGGCCAUGGCAACAUCUCCUGUCAAAGGGAAAAGGAAACAGUCAGAGGAAGGUGACCCCUUAGAGCCUGCUGUGUCCUCUAAACCAGAUGCUGAGCAGAGUAGGAACCAGAGCCCUGUCCAGCUGGAGGACUCCCCCGAGGCAGGUGGGGAGCGGGAGGAGGAGCAGGCCUUCCUGGUCAGCCUCUACAAGUUCAUGAAGGAGCGACGCACGCCUAUCGAGAGGGUGCCCCAUCUCGGCUUCAAGCAGAUUAACCUGUGGAAGAUCUACAAGGCAGUGGAGAAGCUGGGGGCCUAUGAGCUGGUGACUGGCCGCCGCCUCUGGAAGAACGUGUAUGAUGAGCUGGGGGGCAGCCCAGGUAGCACGAGCGCAGCCACGUGCACACGUCGCCACUAUGAGAGGUUGGUCCUCCCAUACGUGCGGCACCUGAAGGGGGAAGAUGACAAACCACUGCCACCCUCUAAGCCCCGGAAGCAAUACAAGAUGGCCAAGGACCUGCGGGUAGAGGAUGGCGCCACAGAGAGGCCAAAGAAAGCAAAGGAGGAGAGGCAGGUGGAGCAGAUGAUGCCAGCAGAGACCAAAACAGAUGCCGGUGGCCUGACAAAGCCGCCUAGCCAGCAACCUGCAAGGGAUAGCACAGGACAGCUGGGGCCAAUUUCUGGGUCCUCUAUACCCUUUGUGGGUGCCAGUGGUUGCCCCGAAGCCUAUAAGAGGCUCUUGUCCAGCUUCUCCUGCAAAGGAACACAUGGCAUCAUGUCACCACUGGCCAAAAAAAAACUCCUGGCCCAGGCCAGCAAAGCAGAGGCCCUGCAAUGCCAGGAAGAGGGCUGCCACCAUGGUGCAGGAGGCCCUGACAAGGCGUCUACAGAGAGUACCCAGAACCCAAAAAGGUUGCCUGAGAACUCUGGCCACCAGCUGGCCCUCCAGGAGGGGUUGCAAGCCUCUGGUGGCAGCAGCAGGGUAGAGGCUCAGCUGGGCCCUGGCCCAGCAGCCCCCAUCUUCUCAGGAUGUUUCCAUUCCUACCCCACUGAGGUGCUGAAGCCUGUCAGCCAGCACCCCCGGGACUUCUUCUCCAGGCUUAAAGAUGAGGUGCUGUUUGGGCCUCCUGGCAAAGAGGAGGGGCUAUCAACCAAAGAGCCCCAGCUAGUAUGGAGUAGGGAUGCCAGCCUCCCCUCUGCAUUCCAUAAAGGCGGGUCCAAGAAGAGCAAUUUCUACCCAAAGCCCAAAGCCUGCUGGGUAUCUCCCAUAGCCAAGGUCCCUUCUGAAAUCCCUGUGAGCCUUUCCUCCCUCCCCAGCAGCCCACGCCUUGGCCUCAAGCGCAGCCUGGAAGAGGAGGGCUUUGCUCAUGGUGGAAAAAAACUGCGAGCAGUGUCUCCCUUUCGGAAGGAGGUGGAUGCCAAGGAAUGUGGGAGCAAGCCCACAGCACCUAGCCUGGCCACAUCCUGCCUGCUGGGCCCGGCCUUGGGACCUGCCCCCCUGGAGGCCUAUAGGGGCACCAUGCUGCACUGCCCUCUGAACUUUACCAGAACCCUGGAGCCUCAGAAGGGACAGGCCACACUUCCCUUCAGCCCCCUGGUCAUCCCAGCCUUCCCAGCCCACUUCCUGGCCACCACAGGCCCCUCAACCAUAGCAGCUGGCUUGAUGCAUUUCCCCCCCACAUCCUUCAACAGCGCUCUCCACCACAGAUUUGGCCCAGCUUCAUCAGCCUGGCAUGUGCCACCUGUCACAGCCUACACAGCACCUCACUUCCACCUCAACACCAAACUGUAGGUUGGAGCCUGCGGUGCUGUGCUGUACUGUGGAGUGUUUAAUGGAGCCUUGGAUAGGCAGAUGCUGCUGGGGGCUCUGAGCUGGAGCCUGCUGCUACCCAGGACUUUGUGCCAGGCAAGGGGGAGGCACUAGGAAAAGUAGGUUUGUCUCAAGAAAGCACCCUGAGCCCAAGGCUCAGGGACCAAAUUUGGACAAGAUCCUGAAAGAACCAUGCAAUAUGGCAGCCUCCAGCGAGCAUUUCUUGUGGAGGUCAAGAGCAGAUGGAUAGGCUGAGGCGCCAGGGGGUAUCUCAAGGCAUCCACAUUGGCCUUGAAAAGUCCAAUAAAAAGACACUGGUCUGAUUGCACCCA